CCGGUAACAAAACGAAAAAGGGCCUGGGACUGAAACUGCGAUCGCAAAGCAUGCAUGGAUUGUUUGGCUGGACAGAAAUCAAAAUGGCGUCCAUUGCGAAUGAUAGUAAGCUCUCAGAAACUAAAGAAGAAGGCUUUAUUUUAACUGAAGACGAUAUACCUGGGGCUGUUUUGCAAAACAGAAAUGUAGAGGCAUGCAGUGUGGUACAGCUAAAGCGCUGGCUGAUUUGUAGGGGAGCGAAAACAAGUGGUAAAAAGUCAGCUUUAGUCAGCAGGCUAAAACACUAUGUAGAAAAUGGCCUUGACAAGAAAUAUCUUAGAGACCCCGACAACGGCGCUAAUAUUAUGAAGAAAAAAGCAGAUCUUGGUUUGCUUGAUAAGAGAGAGCCUCAAACAAAUGGAAAAUUUCCAAAAGAAGGUUUCAACUCUGAUCUCAAUGCUCUCCCUAAAGUGUCAUUUGGAACCAUCUGGCGUUACAUGAUCGACUCAGUUGACUCAAAAAAACAACUCUCAACUGCUAAACCUCUUGUAAAGGGGUUCAAUUUUUAUAAGUCUGGGAACGUACAUUCUAUUCACCAUUUAAAGGAAAGUGGGAAGCACUUUAUAAAGAGCCAAGUUCUCCCAUCAAUGAAAAAGAACUUAAUAUACCAAUGUCAAAUAGUAAUGUCAAGUAUUGGAGGAGUACUCAAAGCAUAUUGUGGUUGCCCAGCAGGAAUAGACGGAAGAUGUAAUCAUGUGUCUGCAACUCUCUUUGCCUUGGCUGAAUAUUGCAAAGAAAGAGAAAAGAUCUCCAUAGAAUCAUGUACUUCUAAACCAUGUAAAUGGAAUAUCCCAAGGAAACGAAAAGGUCCUCUAUCACCAAUCUCAGCCAUGUCAUUUCAUAAACAUGACUACAGCAAACAAGUUAAGACUGACAGAACACCAAAUAUCAAGAAAGGGAAAGAUGUUCGAGCUAUACAUCAGAGAGAGUGGUCAGAUGCCAAAGUGAACAAUAUGUUACAAACUAUCAAAGACUAUCAAACCAAAAGUGGUAACAUUGUUGGCUGGAGUCACAUACUGCCACAAGAGGUUAAAGAAGAAGACACCAUUGUUUCGCCGCUCAAAGUCCUUCCACCAUCCCUAAGGGAAAUAAGUGAAAAAUGCAAAGAAAUUGAGAAAAAGUUGAAUCUAGAGGAAAAGGAAAUUACCAAAGUUGAGCAAAAGACUAGAGGACAAUCAGAGGACAAGCUUUGGAAUUAUCACAGAAAGUGUAGAAUAACAGCUUCGAAAUGUUACCGGGUUGCCUCUUUGAAGCCCACUACAUCACCAACAAAGGCACUUGCAGAUGUCUUACAGUAUAAUAAACAGUAUCAGAGUUUUGCAAUGAAUCAGGGUUUAGAGAAAGAAGAAGAAAUUGAAAGAUUAUAUGUUACAUCUAAGCAUAACUCAGGCUACAGGAAUCUUUCAGUUGAGCCAUGUGGGCUUUUUAUUAGCCAAAGCCAUGGUUUCUUAGCAGCCACCCCUGAUGGUCUAGUGUCAGAUCCUCAUGUUUCCCAACCACUUGGACUUCUUGAAAUGAAAUUGAUACAGUUAAAUGACAGUGAGAGUCUUAGACAAGGUCUGCUUCAAAGAAGAAUAUGUAAGGACUGUGGUGACAACCAUCUAAAGAUGAACACUGGACAUAAGUAUUUCUAUCAAAUACAACAACAGAUGUUUGUAACCCAGCGUAAAUGGACAGAUUUUGUAGUCAAGGGAUCAACAGGAAAUGAGCUAUACAUUGAGCGAGUCAACUUCAACUCUGAGUUUUGGGAAAGUGUUCUUCCUAAACUUUGCAAUUUCUUUCAACUACAAGUUUUACCAGAGAUGUCAUAUCCUCGAGUCAAAUAUGGGUUAGCAAGAUGUCAGUUGAGAUUUGAAUAGACUGUGCCUAAAUUGAUUUAAAUGAAUUCAUUUAGAACAGUGUAAAAGAAAACCUUGCAGUCUUGAAUAUAAGUUGCACAAUUUUAAUUAUCUUGGACAUAAUGGGUCUACAUGUAGUGUAACCUUUAAAAAGGUUAAAAUACUAACAACAAUAACAGGCACUAUUUAUUGAAAUAAGUGGCUUUUAAAUACCUGUGCAGUUAUUGUAAUUUCAAAGUUUAAUAAACCACAAUAGUUGUCACUGGACAAAAGAAUACAAAAGAGGCAAAGUAUAAUAUAUUUAGUUAUAGUUAAAGUUAAUGCAUCAAAGUGUAGACUGCACAUGUGUGGAAAACAAUUUAAAGAUUUAUCAGAUCAAAACGUCAAGCAAAUAUAUUAUCAUGUAAUGUAUUAUAUUCUGCAGCUUUUGUUCAUGUUUAGAAUAAAUAGUUUUGUUUCA